AUGUGGAUAAUCAUCCAGGCGGGAUUCACAUAUCCCGCCAAAGAUAGAGUCCUUGUCCCGUGCGACAAAUGGAAUGCUCCAAUAAGAAAAAGGAUCGAGGCUGACGCAAAGGCUACCCAGACUCUACAAUGCGGCCUGACAAAAGAAGAGCUGAACCGAGUCGGCUCGUUUUCAAGCGCAAAAGAACUAUGGGAGAAAUUGAUCGAGCUGCACAAGAGAACUUCGAACACGAAGGAAGGUGAGUCGGCAAGCCAACUUUACGCGCGGAUUCAGGACCUGCUGAAUGGCUUUCAUGCAAUCAGUCAGAAGGUGGAAAACCGCGAUAUAAUCAGGAACGAGCAGAAUGCGGGAAUCAAAAGUAAAGCGUAG